CUCUCUCUCUCUCUCAAUUGAUAUCGUUCAUGCGUAAAUUGUUACCAUCGGCACUUAACGCUAAUAACAGGGAAUUUUUUCUAUUUUCGAGCAACCGCGCAUCAUUGUUCUAGCAAACAACCCAACCACACCGGCCCGCACGAAUUUUUCCUCUCUCUCGUUUUGUAAUUGAAUGUACUAUAAAUGCCAUUACCGCCACGACGACAUUCUUCCUCGGACCGUAAUAAUAGCAGUAAAAGUCGAUUCGUGUUAUCCAGCUCACCUACGUCCAUCAAUUCUGCUGCAUCGCCACCGCCAAACCAUGCACUGGCUCGAUCGCUCGACCAUGGCAAUAUUUCUCCGUCAUUCACGAGUGGCGAGAUUGAAGUCAUUCUCGAUGACGGGUCUUUGCAGCGCCGCAAAGUAUCCCUCACGAGUCUUGCCGACGCAGCAACGACAGAAGAACAGGAGGAAGAAGGGCAGCGAAUGACGACGACGACGACGACGAUACAAAAGAGGACGGUCAAUGAGCGAAGCCCUUUACUGUCAGACGAUGGUAACACUAACUACACAGACCACACCGCCAUGUACAUGGAGCAUCACUCAUCUACUUCUGGUGGCUCUGCCACAAGCUCAAGUGGCGAGGACGAGGACAGUUCUUCGAGUGACGAGGACAGCGACAACGAAAGUACAAAUGGCAAUCGUUAUGUUCGACCGAAAUAUGCGCUUGUCUGGCCCAAGUUCGACAUACGACAGAAGCGAGUACUUAAAUGCAGCUUUGCAUACUUUUUUGCUUCGUUGUUCACCUUUGUACCGUUGUUGAACAACCUGAUCGGCCAUAAUCGAACAUCCAGUCAUUUGGUCGCUACAGCUACAGUGUUUUUUAAUCCGGCAAAAACGCUCGGCGGUAUGGUCGAAGCGGCUGCGUUUGGCUGGGGGUAUACCUUGUUUGCAUUGACUGUCUGCUUGGGCUCCAUGAUUACUACGGACUUUUUCAUUGACCAGGAUAUGUACGAUGCUGCUCAUGCGAUUUCGCUGCUGUUCUGGUUGACGGGGGCAACGUUUACUGUGUCCUUUUUGAAAGCAUACUGGAAUAAGCCGCCAGUGGCGACAGCAUCUAGCUUAUGCUUUAUCAUCAUAUUCAUCAUUGUCGUCCGUGAAGGGUCGGCAAAUCGAGGCGACUUUGACAUUACACGAAUUCGUGAAAUCACAACCGCCGUAGCAACUGGCACGGUAAUCACCGUACUGUGUUGCAUUUUCAUCUGGCCCGAGUCGGCAGUGGCCAAACUAAAAAAAGACAUCGAAGCAACACUCGAUUCGUAUCGCGUACUUUUGAAACUAUUGACCAAAACAUUCACUUUGGACGAAGACCUGCCUCAAUUUGAAGCCAAUAGCGAGUUGCAAAAAGCCAUCGAGUCUCAUCGAUCCAGCUUUACAUCACUCGAGAAAUCGCUUCACGAAGCAAAAUUGGAAAUGGGAUACUCAAAAAACUCUAUUGAGCGUGCCAAAGAAUACGACACAGUCAUUGCCUGUAUGCACCGCCUGGCGCAGUAUGUGGGUGGCUUACGAAGCAGCUGUGGUAUCCAGUUUGAGCGGUUCGGUGGUAGUGCUACAUCUUCUCAUCCACAACAACAACAACAGCAACAGCAGCAGCAGCAGCAGCAGCAAGGACAGCAGCAUCAAGCUACCAUGUCUGCUGGUCUACACGCAAAACGGAAAAGCAAAGUGCGUCAUAAUACGGAUGAUGGUGUGUGGAAUGUUCGUGCAGGAUACCAUCGACGCAAGUUCCAGGAUGAGAUACGCAGACAAAAGACAAAACUGUUGAAUGACGACGAGCAUCAUCGACUUCAGCGGACCAUGUCCACACCUCAACAGCAAGCAUCGCACCAUAGUCUCUUUGGAAUGACGCCAUCACAGCAUCAUCCAACAACAACAAUAACAUACGAAAACAACAAUACUACUUCGCUGAUUGAGUUUAUCCAAACGAUUCGACAACCACUCAAAUCACUCGCUUAUACUUGCAAACAGACGCUGUUUCAUUUACAGACGGAUGACAAGGGCAAAAAGAACACCAAAAAGCUCAAACGCAACAUGAACAAGGCUUUGAUACUUUUUGAGGUAUCGCAACGCCAUGCUGUGCGCAAUCUGUAUCGACAGCAUCAAUCCAGUCUUGCUGCCGGCGAUGUCUAUGUGCCUGGCGAGGAUUCGUUUCUCGUCUACUUUUUUGUGUUCAAUAUGAUUGAGUUUGCACGCGAGUUGACACACCUCGUGGAUGCUGUUGACAAGCUGGCCCAGGAACCUACAGACAAAAGUGGGCGUUGGUGGUUGUUGUGGACACACAAGGAGGAGCGUAAACAGUCGUCGUCGUCGGCGAUGAGAAUGUAUUAUCAUGAUCGUAACACGAUGGCAACACUCCAUACUCCUUUGCCAACAACACCUUGGCGCAAAUUGAUGCGACACAUCUGGUCGUUCAGUCAGCUGAUCAAGCAGCAAAAGAUCCGGUAUGCGAUCAAGGCAACGGUAGCGACUAUCUUUUUGGCAUUGCCUGCAUUUCUAGACUCGACGGGUCAAUGGUUUAGGGAAUGGCGCAUGGAGUGGGCUUUGAUUACGCUUAUGGUUGUCAUGAAUCCCACAGUAGGUUUAACAAAUGUUGUAGCGAUCUAUCGUAUCUUUUCAACCAUGCUCGGCGUCUCCGCUGCUGCCUUGUUUUACACAUUGUUUCCUGCCAACAUGUAUAUCCUGCCCAUCCUGACCUGGCUCUUUUCCAUUCCAAACUUCUGGGUCAUUCUUAAUCACAAACACGGAAAGUUUGGCCAGUUUACAUUGUUGGCAUAUAACUUGGUUAUGCUCAACAAGUAUAAUACUCGUGAUGAAACGAAUACGAUUGAUGUGGGAUGGCUUGCAUUGCAGCGGUUCUUGGCUAUCAUCAUGGGCGUUGUAUUUGGCUUGUUCGUGACAUCCUAUAUAUGGCCGUACGAAGCACGCACUGAACUACGCAAGUCUUUAUCCGAUCUUUUAAUCCAGCUGGGCUGGGUUUAUCGUAAACUCUUGUCCGUCUACGUCGAACCUCCUGACACUCUUCAAGAUGACGAUGAGCAUCAUCAAAGACUCACAGUGCGCCAAGAGCGAGCCAUCGCCACAAGAAACUUCAUGUCACUCGAACUAGAAAUCCAGCGCGCACUCACCGAGCUCAGCGGUCUAUUAUCACAUGCACCGAACGAGUUUCGUUUAAAAGGGCCAUUCCCAGUCGAAUCCUACCGACUCAUGAUACGAUCAUGUCGCAAUAUCGCAGACAAGUUUUUAGCUAUGCGCACAGUUAUUUUCAAAGACGCAUGGAUCGAACAGGUGCAUCAGGAUUUCAUACUGCCUGUCAACAAGGAACGACGUGAAAUGGCCGGUGACAUUCUCCUGUACUUUUACUUGCUUGCAUCCGCAUUGAGCCUCAAGACUCCUUUACCUCCCCACUUACCGCCUGCUAAGCCUGCCUGGGAACGAUUGCUGGCGCGGUUACGUGAACUACCCGUAGUCAGAACGGAGCAGGUGGUUGAAAUGGAUAAUGUCUAUAUGUUUUAUUAUGCUUAUGUGACCAUGAUGGAGGAUGUGAUUCGCGAAUUGGAUAAGGUAUUCUUGUAAAGGUUACGCCUGUUUCAAUGUAUAGAUAAGAAUUCUUGUUUUUUUCGUACGUGAUUUUGUUGAUGUAAAUGUAACAUUUGGUUCUUUUUAAUGUUUUGUAAAUAUAAAAAAAGUGCAAAAGGGCUUAUA